AUGCAGGGUUGGAAUAUAGAUAACUGGAAACUCUUGGCCGGCCAAUUUACUGUUCACUGGCGCCUCCUGACUGCUGAAGGACUUUUUCCUUUCAGGACGCUGGACAUUUUUCUGCGGCCAUUAACCCAUGCCCAAGACGACAUAACCACCUUGGAGACGAACAAGGCGACCGAUUAUAUCAUACGGGCGGCUGGUUCUGGCGCAAGCCCCAUAGCGAUCAAAUUUAUCCUACCAAUACAGGAGGGGUUUGUCGUGAGAUCUGAUUUCUUGGAAUUACGAUUAGAAACAGCCAAGGAUCUCUUCACACAUAUCCAAAGCUUCGUCGUACCACGGCAGCAGGUAUUCCCAGCUCCGGAAACUGCAGAUAUUUAUACAAUUUUACGUUCAGCGAUCGGGGCUGUCACCUUACGCCAGUCUACGCCGGAAUGUCUUGAUACCUCACAAGAUGACAUCUCUCGUCGUCUGUCCUUCCCAUGGUUGCUAUCGAAGCCGAUUCCACGUCGGCGAAUUGCAAUGGUUUCAGAGCCAACCGAUGUAGUGGCGACAAUACGUCGGUGGAGAGGUGCUUAUGCGCUCGGAUUGGAUUUGGUUAUUCUGAGCACUGGAAGUUGGUUUUCCGAUGAUCAUGAGUUAAGUUACCUUCGGGAGGCUUUCGUUGUCAUGGAUCUUUCUCUGCCUGGUUUGGCGGACCGUAUUGUUGAUAAAAUGCGAUAUUAUGGGCGCCCAUUCGAUGGAGUCGUGACUCCGAUGUCGGAUUGGCUCGAGCAGAUUGCGCGCGCAGCAGACACAUUAGGUCUUCCAACAGCUCCUGAGAGUGCGUUCCGAAAUGCCGGCGACAAAUCCUUAACUCGCUCUCUCGAGUCAGAUGGAUGGAGCCUGGUAGUGACGAGUGUGGAUGACCUCGGCAGAAAUCUCCCCCUGGUAGGGACAACGUAUCCAGUCGUCGUCAAGCCAGUCAGUGGUUCAGCCAGUCGAUGUGUCUUCAAAGUCCACGACGAGCAUGGCCUGUUGACGGCGGUGGAAAAGGCGGCAAACCUCAAUGACACACGUGUACUGAUCGAGGAAUAUGUACAUGGCCCAGAGUUUGAUGUCAACUUUGUCUUGUUAGACGGUGAAGUCCUCUUCAGCGAGGUAUCAGACGAUUUACCUUCAUAUGGUGAUCAGUUGACAGCUAAUGAUUUUGACAAUCCAAAUUUUGGCGAGACGACGGUGAUUAUGCCGACAAUCCUUCCCAUCGAAGCAACCAAAGUAAUUGAGAAGAAAUUUCACCAAACUUUGCUUAGACACGGCUUCACGAAUGGGGUUUUCCAUGUUGAAGGACGACUUCGGAGCUCACCAGAGCAGGAACAGUCCAAUGGAGUCUUAGAUGAACAGAAAACCAAUACUUCCGUUUACCUCCAUGAAGUCAAUGCGAGACCUCCUGGAUAUAACUCCAGUAGCUCUACUAUGGUCACAUACGGUAUAGAUUACUGGGCACUGCAGCUCCUGGUAGCAUUGGAUGAUGGGGAUCGAGUUAGGGCACUGUCUUGUCCAUUUAGUGGGGGCGCCAUUGGGACUGCGGCAGUGAACAACAUUCCAGUUGCAGUGGAUAUCAGCACCGUAAAGGCUGUUGUUCCUGAUAUAGAAAGCAUCAAAGAUCCGCAUAUGAUACCGGUUGAUCUGAAGGCGGACCCUUUGAUUCGGGUUGCUUCGAACAUCCCAAACCUUUCUCGAUGCCUGGUACAACAUAGAACGACUCUCAACGACGGCAAAUCGUAUGGUAACUCUACAUCCAUUUGGUGGUGGCUGACGACCUAUCUUGUAUUUGACAAGGAUCGUAGCAAUGUGCUUUCGUCCAGCACAGUCAUUGCGUCUGUCUAUGAACAGGUAGUCAAAUCAUUGGGCAGGUGA